CAGCUGUUUCUCUAUUUGUUUCACUAACUUAAGGUCUUCUUAAAAAUUAUUAAUGAGUUAAUAUAUUCCGAAGAGAUGCAUAGUAACCAUGACUAUUUGGUUCCAUAUAUAAAAAAAAGAAAUACACGACUGGAAAAUAUAUUCGUCUGCAUUUCCGCUUCCGGUGAGUCGCAGCUCCAAUUGAUGGAGUCUGUAAACAUGGACUCCUGGAUCUCAAACUACCCAUUCACGCGUUCGUCUCGAGCUGUGCCGUCUCGCUUUGUGUUUUUGGCGUGCUGUACGUCACCAUGAGUGGGCCGUGGGUGUGUGCUGCGUGGAGAAAGAGUUUUCAAAGUCCGAAGGCUGCUUCAUCCGGAUAGCUGACGCUUGGUUCUAGUUGGCCCGCUGGACCUGCUUCGUUCUCCAACACGCUCCUUCAGCCAGCAUCAUGUAUUUGUUACGUCUUCUCUGCCGCCACAAGACUGCGCUGGUCAUUGGCAUUGUGUGUGGCUUUGCCAUUGUUCUUGUCUUCUUGGCCCGAUGCACCUCCGAAACCUUGAAACAGAUCCAGGAUCCACCGGGCCUGGUCCCGCAUGUCGAUGCCCCUCAACCGCACAGAUCUGCAGCCCCCACCAAAGUCCUGUCAGCGUUCCUGGUGGUUCUGAUCACCACGGGACCCAAGUACACCGAGCGCAGGAGCAUCAUCCGCAGUACGUGGCUCGCCAAGAGGGACUCGGAUGUCCUCGCCAAGUUUGUGGUUGGAACUCAAGGGCUUCCAAAUGAGGAUCUUCAGAACUUGAACACAGAGCAAGGGCGGCACAAGGAUCUGGUCCUCCUCCCUGACUUGAAAGAUUCCUAUGACAACCUCACCCUAAAGCUGAUUCAUAUGUACUCCUGGCUGGACCAAAAUGUCGAUUUUAAGUUUGUACUCAAAGCGGAUGACGACACAUUUGCUCGCUUGGAUCUCAUCAAAGAGGAACUCAAAGGCAAGGAGCCCACCAGACUCUACUGGGGCUUCUUCUACGGCCGUGGUCGUGUUAAAACGGCUGGGAAGUGGCGAGAGAGCUCGUGGGAGCUGUGUGACUACUAUUUGCCCUACGCAUUAGGUGGCGGCUACAUUAUCUCUGCUGAUCUGGUGCGAUACGUGCAUCUUAACGCAGCCUACCUGAAGACGUGGCAGAGUGAGGACGUGUCAUUGGGCGCCUGGCUGGCCCCAGUGGAUGUCCGGCGCACUCACGACCCUCGAUUCGACACAGAGUACAAGUCUCGUGGAUGCAGUAAUAAAUAUCUAGUAACACACAAGCAAAGCUUGGAGGACAUGUUGGAGAAACACCAGACGCUGCAGAGAGAUGGACGGCUCUGCAAGGAGGAGGUCAAGCUGAGACUGUCCUACAUGUACGACUGGAGUGUGCCACCUUCGCAGUGCUGCCAAAGGAAAGAUGGCAUUCCAUAGCUUGUUGUCUGGAGAGUAGACCUCGCCUUUUAUGCAUAAACAAAUAAGUUCUAAUUUGUUAACAUUGAACAAUCCAUUCGAAAUGUGUUCAUGAAUCUAAAAAAAAGCAUGUCAGCAAGGUUUCCAUCAGUGCAUCAAUAAUGUUCUGUAGUGCAAAGACCACUAGAUCCCACCUGAAUGCCUCUGGUAAUUAUAGUUAUUACAUUAUAGAAUUUAAUCUUUGGGAGUGAGUGCUACUGUUUACCCGUCCACCAGCCUUUUCUGUAUCAUCGUGAGAUGUUUGCUGAAAAAGGACUGACUGCGUCUGCGCUCCCGCUUGCACAUUUUCAUUAUGAGCUGAAAAGCUAGUAAACAGGGUAAGUGUGACGUGUUCAGUAUGAGAGGGACGACUUUCGAGGGGCUCUUAACACUUCACCCGGGGUCUGUUCCUGGAUCAAUCGUGGGUGCAGUAAGAAGCUACCGAAUACUGAUUUCUACAUUGUACCUAUCUCUUUGUGCUGUUUCGUCAUGUUUACAUGGAAAAAAACUCAACUUAAGCCUUAUAAUUAUGUUUUUUCCUCCUUUUAGCCCUCACAUAGCUAAUAUCUGUCUUUCUUUGUUCCUGCCAGCGAACCAUGUAUUCUGAAAUACACAGUGUUUAUGUAUCUGGAUGAAUUGUAUUUAUUAUUGUUAAUUUAUGCCACACCCUCAAGAUGGUUUUCUUAAUGCAGUCGAUGCUGCAGCCUCUCUGUUGUUCUUCCUCACAGAUUUACUGAGGAGAUUCAAACUGUGUUGCUUUUUUUUAAGUGGAAAACGUUUCUUUGACUUGGAUGGUACUAUGAAGUGUGUUGAGAGGUUCACAACAAUGUUGACACAGGCUUUUUUGUUAAUGUGAGACAUAACAAAUGCAUUCAAGCCCUUUAUUUUUUGGCUUAAUUUGUUUGACUUGUCUUUAGUGUUUUUAGGUGCAU